AUGAUGCAGGACUACGAGGACCUGGUGUCCUUCCUGAAGACCUGGGGUCCCUACCAGAGACGUGUCUUGUCCCUGCUGUGUCUUGCUGUCAUUCCCACGGGAUACAACGUCAUGUCACCCUUCUUCCUGCUGGCAACGCCCGUGCACACCUGCAGCAUCCCCGCCCACGCCAACCUGAGCCAGGACUGGAUCCAAACCAGCAUCCCAGUCCAGCUGGUCGAAGGCCACAUGCGGCGCAGCAGUUGUCACCGCUUUGAGCUGGCCUUCAUCCAGAACCAGAGUGCACUGGGACUAGAACCAGGUCCCGGACCAGGAUUAGACGUCCUGCUGUCGGGCCUGAAGCAGGAAGUUUGUAAGGACGGUUGGACCUUUAGCAAGGAGCACUACGAGUCCACUGUUGUCACUGAGUUUAGUCUGGUGUGUGAGGACGAGUGGAAAGCACCUUUGACCUCUUUUGCCUACUUCUUGGGUGGACUGUGUGGAUGCUUCAUCUCGGGUCAGAUCUCUGACAGGGUGGGCAGGAAGCCGGUUCUACUGGGUUCCAUCGCCAUGCUCAGCAUCUUCAGCAGUGCUUUGGCCCUGGCGCCGUCCUGGGAGGUCUUCACCAUCCUCUUCUUCAUGCUGGGCUUGGGACAAAUUAGCUGCUAUGUCAUCAUCUUCGUGCUUGGCUCAGAGAUCCUGAUGGGUCCAACCAGAGUUCUGUUCUCCAGCCUGGUUUUGCCCUUCUCUUACGUGUUGGGCAUGUUACUGCUGCCUGGCACCGCCUACCUGACCCAAACCUGGCGUCUUCUGGCGCUGAUCCUGGCCGUGCCUGGUCUGGCCUGUGUGCCACUGUGGUGGCUUCUGCCUGAGUCUCCUCGCUGGCUGGCGUCUCAUGGACGUCAGAGAGAGGCUGAAAUUCUGCUGAGGUCGGCGGCCUUGGAGAACCGUGUGGAAGCUCCACAAAUCAUCUUCAACCCUGCCAAGGUGGAAAACCCAGCAAGGCACAAGUCCCGGUCUGUGGGUUUUUUGGACAUGCUGAGGACACGGAAAGUUCGCCACGUCACGCUCAUCCUGUGGCUGGUCUGGUUCUCCCUCAACGUCAGCUAUUUCGGCACGUCUUUCAACAUGUCCGGUCUGAAUGGCAACCCCUUCCUCACCUACUUUUCGGUGUCGCUGGUGGAGCUGCCAUCGUAUGCCGCUAGCUGGCUGGCGGUGCGUUAUCUUCAUCGCCGCCUGUCCUUCGCUGGCUUCUCCCUGCUGGGGGCGCUAGCGCUGCUGCUCAUUCAGAUCACCAUGAACAGUCAUCCACAGGUAACCUUGUUCCUGGUUAUGGUGGGUAAAUUUGGUGUCCUGGCGGGCAUCAGCGUCUUGUACACUUACAGUGGUGAGCUAUACCCCACGGUGAUCCGGAAUACAGCCAUGUCGUCCUGUGCCACCUUCUCCAGAAUGGCUUCCUCUGUGUCGCCUUACCUGCUGCAGCUGGCCGUGUUCAGUCAGUACCUGCCGUGGAUCAUCGUUGGUUCUCUGUCAGUCCUCGGCGUUGUUCUGUGCGUCUUCCUGCCCGAGACCUUCAGCAGGCCGCUUCCUGACACCAUCCAACAGAUGGCACCCACGCAGAGGUGUCCAUGCACGCCUUGUGGUGCAAAUGAUGAAGUGAAACCCGCUGAGGAUCAAACAUCAAUGCCUGAGAUCGUCCUCACAAGUCACUUUUAACACGUCUGCUGAAUGGCGCUGUUUUCACAUGUUGUCCACCAGAUGGGACUAGGAGCCGCUGACACGCUAAAGCUUAGAGAAUUUUUAAAUGAACGGAAAAAUUCCAUUGUAACACAAAGAUGGUGUAACUUCCUGAAAAGUGUAAAUGUAGCUUACGUUUCAUCUGUUACAUGGAAAUGAACUGAAAUGCUAAGGAGCAUCCAUCCAUUUUCUGUACCGCUUGUCUGCUUGUUCACUGGUGUGCUGGAGCCUAUGAGAAUGUCAUGUAAAUGGAUCAUUAGUAAAUGUUCCAUUUUUGUUUCAGUAAAAUCUCUCUCUCUCUCUCUCUCUCUAUAUAUAUAUAUAUAUACAGUAGCUAGUUAGUAGUAGUAUAUAGUAGUUAGCAAAAAUAAAAUACCCAUACUAUUAAAAAAGAAAAAUGUUACUUUUUUCGUGUAGUCUUUCAACUUCUCAGGGAUAUGAACUGAAAAGGGGUGGUCUUUCUUUCUGUGGCCCCGCCUUGGAUAUACGUCA